AUGGUCCGCCGUAAACAAGAAAAACCCGUCCGCCUUGAAGACGUCGACACACCGACAACGUCUUCGACAAGCGCGCAAACGGAGCGGACGGCAAGCAGGAAGCGGAAACUGGACGAGCCAAGCUCUGAACGCGGACCGCUAGCCGCCCUGGAAGAAUCGUUGUUGAAGCUCAGGCCUCAGAAGACCGUGGAAGAACCGCACGCUAGCGCCGUCCACUCAUCGAAAAAUGGCCGUUGUCCUGUUGACGAGCCCUCUACAAGCACUAAUGAAAAUCUGAAUCGAAUCCCUUCCGACGGCCUAUGCUCCCUCUACAAAUUUGUCUCCUCAAUGGCCGAGCCGGAGAAGGAACCACGACGGGUUGUCGGCUCCACUAAUGCGAUCCUACGCUGCCUCGAGUGCGGUGCGGCCUUUGGCCAUAUGGAGCAGCUCGUCGUCCACAUGACCACCACGCGCCAUUUCGCAUCGUUGACCCGCAGGUCGAAUAGUUGGUUACCAGCGGCCCCGAAAAAGCCGGAAGCACCUCGCAAAAUUGCGCACACCCCAUCACCAAAGCCGAUCAACCAACCGGCCAUCGGGUUUCCGUCGUCGCUUUUCAACAGCCUCAUCCCCAAACAUUUACGAUUGAUGUGCGCGCAUUGUGGGGACACCGAGGCGGAUAUUGUGCCACAUCUCAAAAAGCAGCACUCGAUUGAGGUGAGGGAUCUGCCAACGUGGCUCGUCAACAUUCGAUUAAUCCCCGGGGAUUCCCAGAACCCAUCGCCCUCACAGCAUCAACCCGACCAAAUCUCGCCUCACCUCAGCCAACUAAUGAUGAUGAUCGACUCGGUGAACAAA